AUGUUGGAAUUUUACUUGGAGGAACAAGCCAGAAGUGUGGGGAGCCGCAAUCCCGAGAUCCAGCGCCAGCGACGGGCGGAGCCCUCGCGAGGUGAGCGGUGCGAUCGGCGGAGCGAGACUCCAGAGUUGGAGCUCAUGGCGUCCCCAUUCACAAGCCCCAUGGCAUCCCCAAGGAGCGAGUGGUCCACGUGGGCGUCUCCUCGAAGCAGACGGGAGCCGGAAGUGUCGCCAGGAGCAACGGAGGAGGAGGACAGCGACGUGGUGGUGGGCUCCGUCGAGCCGGCUGCGAGGAGAGCCAACGACGAGGAGAAACGGGCACGGGAGCAGGAGCUGCGACGCGACGCAGCGUUCCUCGGCAUCGCCAUCCGAUCGGCGGAGCGCUAUUUGCGUGAGCAGAAGCGCGAAGCUGCAGGGCAACGGGAGCCGAAGCAGCCGAUGAAAACCAUGCCGCCAGCGACGCCAUCGCAGCCGACGUCAAGGCCAGCAGCAUCGCAGCAGAGACGGACGGCAGAGGUACCGUUGCAACGGAGAGCGCAGGCCUCAGCACACCCGACAGCGAGGCCAGCAGAGCAGCCAAUGGCGACGACAGCAGCGCAGCCGCCAGCGACGCCAGCAGCACAGCCGGCAGCGACACCAGCAGCGCGGCCACCAGCCGAGACCGUGCGGAGGAGCCAGAUGGAGCAGCAGCGCAACCGGCGAGCAGCAGCAGAGGCGCGACGCGAAGAGGGGCGGCGACGCGAGGAGGAGCGACGACGCGAGGAAGAGCGGCGACGCGAGGAGGAGCGACGACGCGAGGAAGAGCGGCGACGCGAGGAGGAGCGACGACGCGAGGAAGAGCGGCGACGCGAGGAGGAGCGACGACGCGAGGAAGAGCGGCGACAUGAGGAGGAGGCCCGAAGCAAGGCAGCGGAGAAGGCGCAAAGGGAGGCGGCGCUGAACAAGGCCAUAAUGCGGGAAGCACAGGCCGCCCUGCAACGGCAGAUGGAGGCCGCGCGGCGGGAAGCCGAAGCUCACGAGAGGAACGAGGAGCAGGCUCCGCCUCCUCCGAGGUUCCUCAAGGUGAAGACGGGUCUGUUUAGCAGACCGGCGGGGCAGCAGCAACCCCAACAGGGUGAGGAGGCACGCUUAUGGGAACGCCGGCAUCCCGAGCCACCGCCGCAGCCACAGAGCACACAACAUCCAACGCCCCCGCAGUCACCGCCACCAAAAUCGCCAACGCCGAACGCACCGCCACAACAGUCGUCGGCUGAGGUCGCCCGGCCGCAGCUGCAGAGACAGCAGUCGGUGGAGGAUCCGACGGGGGAGAACGUCCGCUGGCGACAUGUGGAUGUUGAAGAAUGGCCGGAGGCAGUGGCUCGGGCGGUGGAAGGCACACGCCGGAUCGGUCGACGCGUAAAGCGUCUCGUGCGCGGGGUGCGGUACCGGGUAUCGGCAUCGGCAAACCAGGUCGAGGUCUCCGUCGAGGUAUGA